GUUGAUCGUAGUCUUGUCGUGUAUCUCGAGCAGUUCGAAUCGUUUGGUAAAAGAAAGCGGUACUAUCGUUAUAAGAACGAAUAAAAAGAGAAUAAAUAUCGUAAAACGCAGAAAUAAAGAAGAAGAAAAGAAAAAGAAAAUUCGAAUCUUCUGUACUCGCUGUGUUUAAAUUUCAAAAGACGGUUAGCUCUUCUGAGUUGAGUGAGUGGUGUUUAAGAUUUUAGUUAUAAAAACGAUAAAAUUAUAAGCAACUUAUAAAAAAUGGAAAGUAUACCGGGAGUGAAACAAUUGGUGUACCUGUGUUUGUUUGCCAUUUUGUCAACAGAUCUCUUAUUAGUUCAUGGACAAUCAGUUGAAACAUAUCCACGGAAUGUAACAGUGGCCGAAGGACAAAAUGCAACAUUGUUGUGUCGAGCAAGCAGCCCUCUCCUUACUUGCCGUUUCGAAAUACCUGGCGAAAAAGGAGUCCGACUGUUCGAUAAAUCGGAUUCGGAUAAUUCAAACUUCAAGUAUUUCGGCGAAGGUUUAAAUCAGGGCGAAUGCGGUGUUUCAAUUCAAAGUGUAAAACUAAUACACAAUGGGCCAGCCAAGUGCAUUUUGGGUGGAGAAAAAAGCGACUUUGAAGGCAUAAUCGAUUUGGUUGUUGCAUUGCCGCCAAAACGUCCCGAAAUCAAUAUACACACCAAUAUGAAUAGAGGUUCAUUUGAAAUUGAUCAAGACUUUGAAGCGGAAUGCAUUUCCCGUGAUGGUCGACCAGCUGCAAACCUUCAAUGGUUCCUCGAUAGCGAACAAAUUGUCGAUGGUGUUUCUGCACCACGGCUUCUCCACGACUCAAUUACCGGUCGCAAUACAACCUUGUAUACAGUUGGUAUACAAUUGAAUCGACGUUUGAAGGCCAGCGAUGAUCGUAAAUUCUUGAUUUGUCGCUCAAUACAUCCAGCCGAUCAACAGCAAGAAGACCGUGUCCAACUUAGCGUUCGCUUCCGACCCCAGCCAUUGCAAGAGAACCGUGUGUAUGGUUUGCCUUUGGGACAAACAGCACUAGUGAACGUAACAAUCACCGCAAAUCCACGUCCACGCAUUGAAUGGUCGAUUGAUGGUAAACCAAUUGUACAAGGCCAACAAAAUAGCCGCUUUGAAGCAUACAAUCCAGUUGAUUUGGGCAACGGUACUUACAACGUAACACUGGCGAUCGCCGGCUUAACAGUCGAAGACACAACCAAAACAUACUAUUUACGCGCAUCAAAUGAAUUUGGAUCAUCGGAUUAUUCUGUGUAUAUUAGCUCAUCGCCGCAUGUGGCAGAAACCGGUAUCGAUAUUGGAUCAAUAAUUGGCAUCAUCGUCGGUGUUGCUAUUCUAUUAGUCAUCGUGUCAGUGAUUGUAUUCGCUCGUGCCACCGGUAAAUGGUGCUUUUCCGGUGCCUCAGUAAAUACUGAUAUUGGACCCGAUUCAGAAGCACAAAUUGCACCACACCACGACGAUUAUGAAGAUAAAGAAUAUGAUCAUGAAACGGACGAACGACAUGCGGAAACUCAACACACGGAAAAAAAUGAAAAAACACAACCACAACAGCAGCAACAACAGAGAAAUGGCAACGAACAAAAGACCAACACACCAGUUUAACUCCUCAUUCACAUAAAUUCUUGCGUCUUUUUUUUGUUCGGGAAGAAAAAAGAAAACAUUCGAAGUAAAUCAAGCUCACUAGUUUAACAAAUGAUAAAAACAACUAAAACAACAAUUAGACGAAUGAAGAAGCAACAUACAAAAAAAACUAAACACAAAAAAAGGAUGAUAACAUUUUAAAAGCAAACGCUGACGACAGUUAUGCAUUGAGAGUAGUGUUUGGAAGCAAUGAAGCAAAACAAAGAAAAUGCGUCCGCAUUAUUAUCAACCGAGACUUGUAUGUAAAUGUAAUUGGCGUCGUGAUAAAGAAUUCCAUAACAGUGCAUUGUUGGGCGAAAGUAAAAUAGAAAUGAAAAGUUAAAAAACGGUUAUGAUAUUUGCCGUUUCAUGUUCAAACUUUUAUUGCCAACCUAAAUCAUCAACGAGUGUACUGUUAUAGUGUUUUCUUUAUGAAAAAAAACUUAAUUGUAGCCCGCCGAGUUGUUAUCGAGCGCCUUAUUUGACACAAUCUUAAUUUGAUCAGUGACACUUAAUUUGAAUCACAGCAUGAUUUGUUUCCCAUCUCUUUUCAAUGUUCAUAACACGAUCUUCAACAAAAUAGAACUAUUAAUCGCACAUUCUUUUUUCCCAUGAAAAUACCGGAAACCAAACGAGUGCAAAAUGUCGCCGUGACUAAAUAAUAAUAAACUGUCAUUAAAAAUUCGCUUUUCAUUGCGUGCCGCAUACUUUGUCGUUGGCUUUCGUUCGUUGCUUGCAUUUGAAAGACAUUCCGUGUGUCAUCUGAUUUUAGUUGUUGCUUUUAGCGAAAAAAAAUAUAUAAAUUGUGUAUGCUAUUAUACAAAAAAAAUGUGUAUGCUCUUAUAAAAAUUCGCAUACUAAUCUCAUCUUAAAACAGAAAAAAAACGGAACUCUUUGAAAAAGAUGUCGUUAGCCCAAUUUUCUUUUAAUCUACCCUCUUAUUUUCUCGUAUUUUUUACCAUUUAGAAACGAAUUUCUUUGUAAGACUAAAAGUAUCGCUCACGUGACGCCAAAUUAAAGCCGAAUAAAAUUAUUCGCAGGUCUUCUCGUUCGACAUUCGAAACUUACACAAAGCCUGCGGCCAAUACCGGUCAACGCUGCUUUAAUAAACAUUUUCAGUUAGAAAUUAAGUCAACCAAAUUUUUUUUUCGUAACGAAAGAGAGACAGAGAGGUAGAAAAAACCGAAAAUAAAGAAUUGUUUGUUCAAAGAAAAAUUAAAUAAAAAAAAUAUUCAAAGAGAGAUUCCGUCCUAAUGUUAAAUUCAAGUCUUUCUGCCAAUCAUGCCUUCCGAGAGAUCGCGUCUAAUCGGCCGUGAUUACAUUCACUUUUCCAUGCUUAACACAAUCACACGCUCACACCAACUCACACCAAUUUUAUAAUAACACAUAUGUGUUUUUACUUCCUUUUCUACGCUUUUGCAAAACUCACGCUUUUUUAUUCAUCCAAUUUCAAACAAAAAGAACGAAUAGCCCAUUUCAAACAGCAGAUAAAAAUCAAAGUAAUCAAAAUUAAACGCAAAUAACACCGCUAACACCAUACUUUCUUCUUCUUUUGUUCGUUCUGUUUUAUAUUGGAUCACUUUUCCCCGCUUUAGAUCAUUUUUAAAAUGUGUAAACUUCCGACAGAGGAAGACAAGAAAUGAAAAUAAAAACAUACAAAAAUCUUCAUUUAAUAUAUUUAAUUAGUGUUAAACGCAACGGUAUUGAGUUAAAUAUAUCAAGUUUGUAUUUUAAAACCAUUGCCAUUAAUAAAUAGUAAACUCAAAAAGAAAAGAAAAAAAAAAUUGAAGCAAAGAAAAACCAUUCAAUGAUUUUACAUACAAAAUGUGGAAUGGAUUUGAAAUAAGCGCAGUAGAGUCGGUUAGAUGUAGGAUUUAGAGUUAGUAAUUUAAAAAGGAGAUACAACAGAGAAAUAAAUAAAAUAAUACAAAUAUAAAAUUGAAAAA